GGAUCAUAUUCGAAAUGAGAAAAAAAUAAACAUCGUUGAAUGCAAAAGAGCCAAAGAACCCGAUCCAAACCUCUCUUUAGCCAACGGCAAGGAUUACUUUUCGUAGUUGAGCACGUGUAAGAGGCGAAUUCUUCUCCGAAUAAAUACUGAGUUUAAUCUUAUUUUUAAAUAUCGACCUUGUACUCAGCUCAUGCGGCCAAAAAUAUACAGCAAUCAAGUUGAUUUGACCGGAUUCACUUGUGGGCAGUCAGUGCAGUGAAUGAUAGUGGAUACUGUGGAUACCGCUCUUGCUAUGGACAGUUCUAGGCAUUGAUUCUGCCAAAAGAUUCUUCUGCAAACCAGGAUAUGAUUUUGCAUAACAGAGAUGGCUGGAUAUAAACAAAGAUAAUGUGGCUGAGGAUUGUACAAGCAGCGUGGAGGGGGUCGCCACAACCGGCACAAGCACACGAGAUGUCGGCGAAAGAGGAUCACUUGGAAUCACUCAUGUCUCACCUCGGUGAGUUUGGGAAGUAUCAACUAUAUCAGUGCAUCCUGUUAAUUAUAACUGCACUCACCGCUGGAAUGCAUACUUUGUCCAUUGUCCCAAUCAAUGGCAUACCCAAUCAUAGAUGUCAAGUGCCAUGGCUUGAAAAUGAAACUGAUCUGGCGUGGGACUCACCGACUGCGCUGGCUGCGAUCCCUUUAAAACCCGACGGCUCAUACAGUUCCUGUCUCCUCAUCAACCCAACCACCAACCUUACUGAGGCUUGUGACAAAUGGGUCUAUGACAAGACACAUUUUAAGCAUUCCCGAACUGUAGAGUGGGACCUGGUCUGUGAUAAGAAGUGGCUUGGAGCCUUGUCUAAAUCUAUCUUCAUGUUAGGUGUCUUUACUGGUUCAUUCACAUUGGGUAUUCUUGCAGACAAAUACGGGCGGAAGAAGACACAAUGUUGUACACAAACCAUUCAGCUCAUCAUUAGUAUUGGUAUUGCAUUCAUCAACAACUACUAUGUGUACUUGGUUGCAUCAUUUCUAUAUGGCGUGUUUGGCUCAGCUGGUUCGUACAUACCAGCCUUUGUCAUUGCAAUGGAGUUAGUGGGGCCUUCAAAGAGAACAACAUGGGGCUUGGUGUUUCAAGCCAUGUUUGCAGUUGGUAUUAUGUUAGUUGCAUUAUGGGCUUACCUCAUCCCAGACUACUUCACACUUCAGGUUGUCAUUGGGUUACACGUACUUCUGGCCAUUGGCAACUGGUGGUUCGCUGACAGCAUUGCCUAUUAUGGUCUAUCUCUUGCCAGUGACAAUAUGGUUGGAAAUCCCUUUUUCAUCCUUUUUGUCUUAGGACUGGUAGAAAUUCCCAGUUAUAUAUUGGUAAUCUUAAUGCUGGAUAGGACUGGUAGAAGAUCCCUCACCAGCAUUAUGAUGUUACUUGGAGCUGCGUCAUGUAUAGUGGUUGCUCUCAUUCCAAAAGAUAUGCCCAACAUAAUCACUGCUAUAGCCUGUCUUGGAAAGUUUUGCGUAUCCGGAGGUUUUGCUAUAAUUUUCAAUUACAGUGCAGAACUUCUUCCGACCGUGGUUAGAAAUGUUGGAAUUGGAUUUGGCUCAGCUUGUGCGAGACUCGCAGCUAUGCUCUGUCCACUUAUAUUGCUUCUAGAUUCCAUUGACAAGAGUUUGCCUACAAUAAUCUUUGCUUUGGCUGCAUUUACCUCUGGUUUCUUUACAUUGUUUCUUCCAGAGACCCUCAACAAGCCUAUGCCACAAUCAAUGGAAGAUGGAGAAAAUUUUGGUGUCGGGGACACAGCAUUUAACGCUUGUUGCUCUAAGAAAAAGAAUGGUGACUACAUGCCAGCCAACCCUAUUUAAAAAAGUGUAAAUUAUAUUUAAAAUUGAGAAAAAUUCAUCAUCAGGCGAUUCAACAAUAUUGAUGAAAUUUUGUAAAUAUGUGCAUAAAGUUGUUAUAUAUAAAGAAUUUUAUUUAUGAUUGUUAAUAAAAUUUAUAAAAAAAUGUAAAUUUAGGAAAUCAUUUAGUGUUUCUUGUACUGUUUUUGAAAAUAUUUGUGUUAUUUAUUUUGUGUAACAUUUAAGCAUUUUUAGUGUAAAUGUGCUAGAAUAUUAUAUAUUUUAAUUUAUUGAAACUAUAUUUAUUGUAAUUAGGAAUGGAAGUACAUUUCUAAAUGAAGUCUUUGAUGUUUGGAUUAUUAAUGAUCAUGUUGAUUAGCAUUUUAUCAAUAUUUUAAUAAAAUUUCUUAUUCAUUUUACUAACAAAGUAAUUUAGUGAAUAAUGAAUACAUAGCUCUGUUAUCAAUCAACAAUUUUUCAAACAAAUUGUUUGAAAUGCAUUUCCUUAUUUGUUUAAGAUAGUUAGGUUUUAUAACUAAUUUUGAUAUAUGUAUAUACACAACUAAAUGCAUGUGUAAUACAUAGAUUGUUACAUAAAUAAUGUACCAAAACUUAGGAAAAUGGAGUAGACCUCAAAUGCAACAAAAAAGUUCAUAUAGGUCCGAUUCUGAACAGACCUGGAGUCAAUUAAAAAUUAGCAAUUAUUUCUGUUUGUCAUGUCUGUCCUUUAUUCAAUUUUUUAGCAAGUGGUAAGAAAACUCUUUUUAGACUAAAUAAAGAUACUUGUUUAAUAAGUUUUUAGUUCAUAUUAAUUAAAUUGAGCUUUGUUACAGAAUAAGUUGAGCCUUCAAUUGUUCAAAACAUUUAAAGUGCCAGUGUUUUCAGAACCAAUAAUGACAAUAAAUAAAUACAAAGUUCUUAUUUAUUUUCUUUCUGUUAUCUGAAAUGUAUUA